AUGUAUCAUGCUGAUAUCGCAUUGGCGGGCGGCAUCUUCAGUCCCACGUUUUAUGUUUUCACACUCUUUACAGGAAAUGCUAAGACCAUAAGAAACGAUAACAGUUCUAGGUUUGGUAAAUUCAUGCAAGUUUGUUUUGACGACUACAACUGUAUAAAAGGAUGCGUUAUUCAAGAUUACCUACUUGAACAGUCUCGGAUAACAUUUCAAAGUGAAGGGGAACGGAACUAUCAUAUAAUGUAUCAACUAGUGGCACAGGGGCAGAAAAAUAUUCAUAUCGCAAAUGCCUUUCAUUUAAGACCACCUGAUUUUUAUAAAUAUCUGAAUAUAACGAGUACUGAACAAAUAAAUAUAAACCAAGAGUCAAUGAAGUUCGACGCCGUUACUAUGGCGUUUACGGUUUUACAAAUUCCACAAUUUGUAAUAGAUGGCGUUUUUAAGGUAUUAAGUUCGAUAUUGUGGUUAGGUAAUAUACAGUUUUUGGACAUUGAUGGAGAAGGCUGCGAUUUUUCAAAUUCAGACCAAGAAGCCAUUUCCUAUAUAUCAAACCUUUUGGGACUGAAGCGCUGUGAUUUUGAAAAGGUAUUACUAAUUCGUCAAAUCAAUGUUCGAGGAAAUAUUACAGAAAUUCCAUUAAAAAUAAAAGAGGCUGUGGAAAAUCGACACGCCAUGGCAAAAGCGUUGUACUCGAGAACAUUUACAUGGUUGGUUACGAAAAUAAAUAACUGUACAAACCCAGGCCAAGAUGGGGCUACAUUUCUUGGAGUUCUCGAUAUAUUUGGAUUUGAAAAUUUCUCUCACAACUCAUUUGAGCAACUAUGCAUAAACUAUACCAACGAAAAGCUACACAAAUUUUUUAAUUAUUAUGUGUUUGCCUUAGAACAAUCAAUCUACAAGCAAGAAGAAAUAUCCUUUGAUCACGUGGCUUUCACAGACAACUCUCAAUGCUUAGAAAUAUUAGAAAAACCACCCCGAUGUGUGUUCAAGUUAUUGACAGAGCAAUGCCAUAUGCCAAAGGGUUCCGAUUCAGCUUAUCUAAUCAAUUUGCACUCUGAGUUCGAGUUUCAUCCAAAUUAUAUUAAAGGUAAUGAUCGUCGUCAUUGGGAAACCGAGUUCGGAAUAAGACACUAUGCUGGUAGUGUAAUUUACGUUGCGGACGGAUUUGUCGAAAAAAAUCGAGAUGUUCAACAAGAUGUUCUGUUUCACCAUAUGAGUUGUAGCGAAGACAUGUUUGUAAAAGACUUAUCAAAUUACCAGGAUCAUCAGUAUAUAAGUUCAAGUUAUUCUCGAGGAUCAUCCAAGUCUAAGUGUACUGUAAGCGAUACUUUUCGGCACCAGCUGCAGUCCUUAAUAGAUGUCCUUCAAAAUACGAAGCCGUGAUUGCGGUUUUUCAAUAAUUUUUAACGGCUUGUAGUCAGCAAGCGGUUGCAGGAGAAGAUCAACUAUAACAACAUGGU